UCAGCACAUGUCCUAAUAACAGACCAAAACACCUUACAGCCUUGACUGUAUCAAGUAUAAAAGGUACGUGAUCCAUGGCCGGUGUCGGUAGUGUGACAACCGGUGUAAAUCAUAUUGAAAAACGCAAAAGCUGUGCUGCAGUUCACAUUAAAAUGAACUCCAAAAUUCCGACUGGGUUCGUGUGUCUCGUGGCAGUGUUCUCGGUCGCAUCGUCGGCUGCUACUAAAAGUGCAAACGAAGAAAUUAAACUAUCUCAAGAGGACCUAAAAAAGUACAUAGCGAUAAUGGAAAGCGUUAAUGUCGAGCAAGUCGUCAACAACGAAAGAUUACUUAACACCCACUUGAAAUGUUUUAUAAACGAAGGGCCUUGCGUUCCACAGUUCAAAGACCUGAAGAAAGUGUUACCGGCAUUGGUAAAAGACAAUUGCUCGCUGUGUACCGAUAGCCAAAAAGAAUUAGCCAAGAAAGUGAGAGAGCAAAUUAAGACCAAGCAUCCAAAAGAAUUUGAAAAAUUCGUCAAACUGUAUGAUCCCGACGGUGUGUUAUCGAAACAGAGAUAAUAAGAAAACAAAUACGUUCAAGAAAAACCUAAAGAUAUUCAAUCCGAACUUCUUGGUAUACACAAAAAGCAACAGUUUACUUUAAUAAUACAUUAUGUAUAAAAUAUAACUUAAUGUAGUUAUUACACACAGGUAAUUAAACAAUUAUUCUGAUGUACUAAUUACAGUGGAUUUUUUAAUAAUAUUAUUGUCAAUAGUAUAAUUUGUUGUCUUAUUUUCAUGAUUCAAAUAUAUUCAAUGAUAUUAAUGUUUGGAUGAUUAAAAAACUGAUUAAUAUUUUUUAUAAUUUGGAGAUUUUAACUUUAAGAGUGUUAUUUUUAGAAUUGGCAAA